GUGUGUGUGCGCCCUCACUCUCUCGCCUUUUGGCCUCUCUUUCACACACACUGCUCGCUGCAUUACUACUACCGCACUUUUUGAGUCACUCGGAGCCACAGCGCCCUGCAAAAGAUCUCUCGUAGUGAAUUGCCUUGAUCACGUAGUACACACAGCCCUAUUUGAGAGCUCGAUAGGAGAGGAGGGACUAGGGAGGGCCUCGGGGGAGGAAGAACAAGAGGGCGUGGAAGAUCGUGAGCGAAGGGUAUUUUCUUAGAGUUCGCUAGCUCGCUGCUGCUGCUCUUCUCCGGCGAUGGGGCGAUCGCCGUGCUGCGAGAAGGAGGGGCUCAAGAAGGGGCCGUGGACGCCGGAGGAGGACCAGAAGCUGCUGGCCUACAUCGAGCAGCACGGCCACGGCUGCUGGCGCUCGCUGCCCUCCAAGGCCGGGUUGCAGCGGUGCGGCAAGAGCUGCCGGCUCCGGUGGACGAACUACCUCCGGCCGGACAUCAAGAGGGGCAAGUUCAGUCUGCAGGAGGAGCAGACCAUCAUCCAGCUCCACGCGCUUCUCGGCAACAGGUGGUCGGCGAUCGCGACGCACCUGCCGAAGCGCACCGACAACGAGAUCAAGAACUACUGGAACACGCACCUCAAGAAGCGGCUGGCCAAGAUGGGGAUCGACCCCGUCACGCACAAGCCGCGCUCCGACAUGGCCGGUGCGGGCGUCGGCGGGGCCGCCGGCGGGGCGGCGGGCACGCAGCACGCCAAGGCCGCGGCGCACCUCAGCCACACGGCGCAGUGGGAGAGCGCCCGGCUCGAGGCGGAGGCGCGCCUGGCGCGCGAGGCCAAGCUGCGCGCGCUCGCGGCCUCCGCGUCGUCCGCCCUCCAGGCGCCGCACCUCCCGCCCCCCGCGGCGGCUCCAGGCCUCGACUCGCCGACUUCCACGCUGAGCUUCUCGGAGAGCGCGGCGCUCGCCACCGUGCUGGAGGCGCACGGCGCCGCCGCGGCCGCGCGCGCCGCCAUGCAGCCCAUGCAGGCGUACGACGAGGCGUGCAAGGAGCAGCACUGGGGCGACGUCGACGCCGCCGACGUGGGCUUUCCCGCCGGAGCGGGGUUCACGGGCCUACUCCUCGACGGUUCCUUGAAUCAGAUCCCGAGGCCGGCGACGAGGGACACAGAAGCCGACGGCGAGCUGCAGGAGACAGAGGAGGAGAAGAACUACUGGAACAGCAUACUGAACCUUGUGAACUCCUCCGCGUCGGCAGUUGUGCCCGCCUCCGACGCGUACUCGCCGGCACCGGACAUCUGAGCGGUGAAAAGCUUCGCCUGCUUCAAAUGGGGUGGUUCAUGACACAGUAAAUAGUUAGCGAUGAUUGUCGAAUAAGAUGGACUAAUGUUAGUACGAAGUAGUAAGUAUUAAUCACGUUCUUGAGGGUUAACCUGACAGUCCUUUUGAUUAAACUUGUGAGAAAGAACUUCCAACUGUUCAAGGCUGUAUCGACAUUGAAAUUCGAUGCUUGUUUUGUUCGGUGUUCUUAUAGAGUAUGUAAAGCACUGAAACUACUACCAGACCAGAGAAUGCAGCAUUCUU